AUGCCCUACCCCCAGGGUAAGGCCGCUGGUUCCAAGAAGGCCGCUAAGAACCCUCUCUUCGAGAAGCGUUCCCGCAACUUCGGUAUUGGCCAGGACAUCCAGCCCAAGCGCAACUUGGCCCGCUUCGUCAAGUGGCCCGAAUAUGUCCGCCUCCAGCGCCAGAAGAAGAUUCUGAACAUGCGCUUGAAGGUUCCUCCUUCAAUUGCCCAGUUCCAGAGCACCCUGGACCGCAACACCGCUGCCCAGACCUUCAAGCUCCUUUCCAAGUACCGCCCUGAGACCAAGGCCGAGAAGAAGGAGCGUCUCGUCCAGGAGGCUACCGCCGUCGCUGAGGGAAAGAAGAAGGAGGAUGUCUCCAAGAAGCCCUACCACGUCAAGUACGGUCUCAACCACGUCGUUGGCCUUGUUGAGAACAAGAAGGCUUCCCUCGUCCUGAUCGCCCACGACGUUGACCCCAUUGAGUUGGUUGUCUUCCUCCCCGCUCUCUGCCGCAAGAUGGGUGUCCCCUACGCCAUUGUCAAGGGCAAGGCCCGUCUCGGUACGGUCGUCCACAAGAAGACCUCCGCCGUUCUGGCCCUGACUGAGGUCCGCUCCGAGGACAAGACUGAGUUCUCCAAGCUCCUCUCCACCAUCAAGGAGGGUUACACCGACAAGUACGAGGAGACCCGCCGCCACUGGGGUGGUGGCAUCAUGGGCGCCAAGGCCAACGCCCGCACCGAGAAGAAGCGCAAGGCUGCUGAGAGCGCCAUCAAGGUCUAA